GCUUAUUUAAUAAGUGCAUAUGUGACAUACUAAUUGAUUGUGAAUAUUUUAGUUUACCUUGAAAAGCUUCAUAGAAAACACCGACCUCACCUUACCUUCUUAGUAUGUUAAGGUAUCAAGGUAUUUUAAACCGCACCGUAAAUUUACGUCGUGAUCCGACAAACGGUUAGGGAAAACGCCCGUAAUUCCAAGUCGAAAAUCCAGGAAAGUGUUAAGAUAAGCAUCUUGUUGCUUCUUAUUUACAAUUAUUACUUAACCUAUCACGGUUGGACAUUUCCACCUGCGGCCACUCGACAGCCAGUGGCAGCUGAAGGACAUUGUAAAAUUCGUUGAUUAUAUUAGUGGAACGACACAUUAUGUGUCGUUGUGCAUCACGACACAUGACAACUAGUCGUUGUAUAACAAGAAAACAUAACAAAUUUUGUUGUCAAUUACCACGAUUUGACAGGUCAGAGUUGUAUUUAGAAUGACGUAGUAAGAAGAGUGACAUUUAUGGGUAUUACGAUAACACUGUAGUGUUUAUAGUUUACAACAAUCCUACUGCAUGACGGAUCACAGAGUGGUGUAUUACAACACUAAAAGAAGGAUCGGGUAUAAGUAUCACGGCUGACGCAAGAUAAGUGGUCGUAGACGGCUUUGGCAGCGGGAGGGGGAGGUGGUCAUAAUAUUGAAAACGACAGAAACAGGAAAUGUCGUAUACACAGAUUUUUAAACACUGUGACAAGAUGAGAGUAUAUGGGUGUUCUAUCACCUUGUACCUUCUGCUGCUACUGCCCCUGCUGCUGGUUACUGCUAGUAACGAAAGCGGUACUCUGGACUCGGUCCACCAAAGCUUGUCAGAGAGACAGCCGCAGACAGUCCCUUACAGCACCAGUCUGCAGGAGGAACCAGAGGUGGAGACUGAUGGAACGCCGGAGAAGCCCCCGCUGGUAGAUGAGGAGCUGGUGAUGAUAGAUGAAAAAGUGCUGAAGAGGAUCCGUCGAGACUCGCAAAAGAAAAACGGAAAUGGCGGUUCCAUAAUAUUCCACAUACAAGAAAAGGUGAUGGUGCAUGAAAGUACCGCUGGCCAAUUGCUGUUAGCAGGUGUAUUGGGAGGUUGUGUUGGGAUCCUCGGAGGAGUCCUAAUCACUCUCGUCCUCAGCUGCUGCUGCUACUUCAGGUGUAGCUGUGGUGGAGGCCUGGAGUUUACCCAGAAGAACAACACCUACCGUAGUGCUGAUCUUAUCGAUGGUGGUGUAUGACGUCACUCACUGCUGUUCAUCGAAGUUACCGCAUUGCCCUGUUAGAAGUGAUUUCAGACCAAAUGGUAUGAGGUACUUUGAGCUCUGUAAUCACUUCAUAUACUCAGGAAUAUUGGAAGAUAUUCUCGUGUUUGUACCCAGAUUUGGCUAGUGGGGGCUAAUAGAUCAGCCUUACAUUUCAUGUUCUCACCUAAUUGAGUUGAUUUGUUUUUUGUAUUGAGGCUGGUGUUUUCUCCCCUGAUUCCAUGUAUAUGACUAACCAUCCUGUGAGAUGGGAAUAUUUGAUGGACUUACAGCUAGUUUUUGAUCUACACUGUGUAAUCUUUCAUAUAAAAUAGGAUAGCAGCAUAUUGCUGUGUAUACCUAAGCGUGUUAAUAAAAAAAAAUGCAGUUUUUUGUCAUGAUGAACAAACACUCUACGGGGAAAUGUAUAGAUUUUUUGCUGCUCGGUAUUUAUUUUUACGACUUAGGCCACUCAGUGACAUAUAAUACGUAUCUUGUUCUGUUAGAGUAUUGUAUAUAUCAAUAUAAUUAUAUAAUUUUGCGAACAAAAAUGUAUUUAUUGCAUUGGAUUGUUGUUUGCGAAGAGGUAGUUAGUACUUAGAAUUGCAUUAUCCAUCUGCUUCUCGAUCCAUUCCAACAGCACUUGUAACUUUUGUCUUCUGGGUUAUGUGGAAUGACAUAUUUUAGUACAAACUUAUAUUUUUUCCACAUGGUUUCUGGUCAUUGAUGAGGACUUAUAGAGGUUCCCCUUCGCACCCCUUAGGCUCUCUCCCAGAUCUUAUUUCUCUCUUAGAUAGUCCCAGAUAUAGACUUAUACAAAGCCUUUCCUACAAAGUAUAAACGUUGAUAUACUUUAUUAACCACGUAAUGUUCUUUGUAAACCCAUUUAAGCCAUUGUCAUUAUUCCCCUACAAAUUUUAGACUGUUUAUCCUGUACUUCAAAAGUACAAGGCAAUACAUCAACAUUCACCUACUUAAUUCUUACUCAAGCUUAAAAACAAUUUACACUUGGUACUUCUUACAGUAAGUUAUGUAUUAUACCCCUUCAUUAUUAUUUUCUAAACUAUAUUUUAAUAGUGCUUUUUGUUCUGCUUAGAGACUGUAUUUGUGGUUGGUCUCGAACCCAUUGAUGAUGUAACAAUAUACAUUAAAUGUUAUAACUAGC